GCGCCACUGGUUCAAUAUAGACCACGACGCCUAGCACAUGCGUCGCGACGCCUCCAGUCUCCCAUCGACCAUCCUCGUGUGCAAAACAACAUGACCACAUCCCCAACAUCCGAAAUAUUCUCGGACGAAGUCGACUCAAUCUCAAUCCGGGACAAAGCCCUCCUCAAACGCUCCGUCUCCAAACACCACAACAACAACUUCAAAGCUGGCUACGUCCCCGUCCACGAGCAACACCUCACCAAAACGGGCCUUCGCGGGCGGAAAACCUUCGCAUUUUGGACCCUAGUCGCCCUACUUUUCAUCCUCGCGGUCGGAAACCUCCUACUUACCAUCACCAUUCUGGGCGUUUUGCGUCUGGGACAAGGCAUGGAAAGCAUCGAGUUGGUGCCCGACGAGUACGCGGUGAAGUUUUUCGGCCUCACCGACUUGGGACACAUGUACAAACGCAACGGCAAGAUCGAAGGCUUCAAAGACGAGCCCGUGCAAAUCACAAGUGAGGAAAGUGCCGUCUUACUCAACCUCAUGUCUUUGCGGAACGGCCGCCCCAGCAACCAGGUGCGCAUCACCAAAAACGGGACCACUUUCUGGGGCUUCGACUCCUUCCACGUCAGGAAUAAACACGACACGGUUUUUAGUACAGACACGCCGAAUUUUCGCUCCCUAAAGGGGGCCAAUGAUUUCGACGCGAAAAGCCUCUUCACCAAUCGGAUUGCCAGCCCCCUGCAUGCCAAACUCAAAGUGGAAGGGCGCAUUUUGACCUUUAAAGGUUCCGAAGGGACGAGGAUGGAUGGGAAGGAUAUUUUCUGGAGCGCUGAUCAAGACAUUUAUUUGAAAACUAACAACGGAUCGAUUGUUUUGAGCGGAAACGAUGGGACUUUUAUCGAUGUUAGGAGAAUCCCUAUUGCGACAGUCAGGAAUACCAACUAUGUCACUUCUCAAUACAAAGUUUGCGUUUGUAUGCCUGAAGGGAAACUGUUCCGGAUUCCAGUCCCCAGUGGGCCCAACCCUAGAGUGUUUUGCCACCAUAUCAACACCCAACAUAAUCCCUGCAUGUAGAUGAUGAUAAUAAUAAUAAUAAUAAUAGACUGUGUUUUUACCAAAUAAAUGUCUUUAGAAAUUA